AAUAUUAUCUUCCUUGACAAAGGUAACAGACAGUUGAAAAAUGACAUCGACAAAGCUAGUCGGACAUUUAAUUGUUCUCGUAUAUGGUUCGCUAUGUUUUGGAAACCCAGAUGGCACAUAUAUUGCACCACUAAUAGAUGAUACGCAAAGAGCACCUUUAGUAGCUUUGCUAAAUACCAGUGAUAUAAGUCAAAAUAUAAUGAACUCUUUUGGGAAACAACUAAACGAAAAAGUGAACGAUUCAAUCAACGAGAAAAUGGGGGAUAUUCACCGUCGUAUACAGAAGGUAGAAGAAACUUGUGAACAUAUUGAGAGAGAUCGUUCAUCAGGAAAUGGAAAUAGAAAAGAUAUAAGAGAUUGUAGGGAUCUUCCCAAUGAUUACCGAAGUGGUAUUUACAAGAUUAAACCAGACCAUACAGAAGAAUUCGAUGUAUAUUGUGAGAUGACAGUUGAUCAUGGUGGUUGGACGGUUAUACAAAGAAGAGAGAGUGGUGAUCUUGAUUUCUAUCAAGGAUGGGAAAAAUACAAAACAGGAUUUGGACAACUUAAUCGCGAAUUUUGGUUAGGGAAUGACAAGAUUCACACCUUGACGUCACAAGGCAGAUAUGAACUGCUUAUAGGUCUCGCUGACUUUGACAACAAUCAAGCUUAUGCUAAAUACCAACAUUUUUACAUCGGGAAUGAAACGUCUAAGUACAAAAUCAAUAUUUACGGUUACAGUGGUAGCGCUGGGGACAACUUGAACUACCACAAUGGAAUGCCUUUCACUACCUUUGACAGAGACAGUGAUCUAGACCAUAGGAACUGUGCCCUAACUGUUAAUGGAGCAUGGUGGUUUACAAACUGUUUUGAAAGUCAUCUAAAUGGACACUAUUUCAUCAGGACGCCAUCAAAAGCUUGGAGGGGAAUUAUUUGGAAAGACUGGAAAGGUCCAAAUCAUUCUCUGAGAGCUACUGAAAUGAUGAUUCGAAGACUGUAAUUGCAAACCGGGAUUUAGAAAAAAGACUUACCAUGGAUUAUGGGUCGAAAAAUUUAACGAAACUUAUAUUUUAUUCUUUCGACUUCUAGAAUGAAUGAUUAUUGAAUUACAAGUUAAGUACUGCGAUAAA